AUGUUGUCCAAGGUUAUUGUCGGUUCUUGCGUCCUGCUGUACGUCAGUUUUACUGUCCAAUCGUAUCCUCAAGGUUACGGCGGCGGUGGCGGACACGACGACGACGACCACGUGGACUACUAUGCUCAUCCAAAGUACUCUUACAAGUACGGCGUACAAGACCCGCAUACCGGCGACUACAAGACCGCGCACGAGUACAGAGAUGGCGACGUAGUGAAGGGGUCGUACAGCGUGCAUGAUCCCGACGGUACACUGAGGACCGUCGAGUACGUGGCCGACAAGGAAAACGGUUUUAACGCGAUCGUCCACAAGAGCGGUCACGCCAACCAUCCAGACCACUACGAACACUAUUAA